AUACAAUAAAUGCAGGUAGCCAACUAGGCUAUUACGCUAGCGUCAAUAAUUUGCUAGCUUGUUGUUAACGUCAUUAUUACUGUAGGUUCGCGGCAUAGGGGUUAUAUGGCAAACCAACCCCCCCGCAUCAGGGCAGUGUUGUAAUUUGUGUAUGCUGAUUCCACACGAGAAGUUAAACAUGGAAUCUGAUCAGACACGUGACGUUGGAAUGAGUAAAGAAGGCACAGCACGUGAACUUUGGGACUCCUUGGAAUCAGACACUGAGAGCUUGGUGCAGGAAAAAGCUUACCAGAGAGAGCUUCAAGAGCGCAUACUGAACGGCGCUGGUGACAAAAGAUCCUGUUAUAAUGACAACUCUCACAACGUCGAGAGAUCAGAGCAUGAAGAGGGCUCUGAUCCACAAGCUGUGAUCACUGAAACACGUGGGGGUCAAAACAAGUUUUUAAGACCGACGUCUCCUUGGGAUGAAUAUGCUGAGUUGCGCUAUGAUCCAGACUGGAGAAAGAAGCUGGCAAAGUCUACGUUUCUCCAGACAAACGUCUCCUCUGACUUCAACGAGGAUCCUGGAGAGACUCCAAGACAUGCAGGACAUGUGUCUCCAAGAGAAAGAAAUGACUAUUUAAUAGUCCGUAGUCCUCUUUCAUCAGGAAUAGACACUGCUCAAUUCGAACCACUGCAGUCUUCCUUCCACCUGCAUCUAACGGAGGAUCAAGAAGGGCAGACAGUACCGGAAAGCUCCUCAGCUUCUUUAGAGGCCACGCCACGUUCAAAUUCAGAUAAAACCAUGAAGGUUAUGCAUGGAGUUAUCCACCAGCCGCAUCUUGCUGGAAUUGUACCUUUUUCUCCUCCACGACAGAGGCAGCAGGCACAAAGUCAGAGGCAGCAUGAGGGGGAAAAUCAAAGCUUUGCUCAGAAACAAAAUACAGACCAGCAUACUGUAAUAGCUGCGCAGAGAAGAUGCUCCCAAAAAGUCAGAACAACCAAGCUGUCAGAGGACAUAGUAGAACGUAAUAAAGCCACUUUGGGUAUGAACAAUCAUAAGCAGGGAUCAUAUCUAAAGGCGUAUGAACAAAGAGGAGGAAAGCCAGAUGAUGCAAAUCAGCCCCUACAGUCAGCUGAGGACACUGCCAGCACUGACAGCCCAGGAAGCCCAGACAAUGCCCUCAACCCGGAGCUGAUGUGGAUGCAAAAAACUCAAAAACUGAAGAGCCACAACCAGGGUAAGCAGUUGGACAGAGCCAGGCGUCACCACCACAGAAGUAAACCCAGAGGUCACGUGAAUCGGCUAGUGGAGAAACAAUGCUCGCAAUCUCCAUCUGAAAAAAACACUCUCAGCCCACCUGACUCUGGCAGCGUCUCACAAUGUUCCUUCUCAUCAGCUCCAACUGUCAACCUUAACAUCAACCUUAACACCCCAGCCCGAUUUGUCGAACCUUUUAUCGAUGCUGACGCACAGAAGCAGCGCUACACACUUGCACUUCCUCCUUUGCCACAGGAGAGGAUCAGGAAUGAUGAGUAUAACUCACGCUUCAAAGAGCCCAGUUAUACUGUAAGUCUCCCUCUCCCUCCUGCUGGUAGUGUGGACCAGGAGCGCAUACACAUGAAUAAUAAGAACAGCGUCAGGAUCUCACCAACACGGCAACAAUUUCAAGAACGUUUUGCCCCAAAUGAUUCUCAGCUAGGAGUACAUUAUGGGGAAGAAAUUACGGAUUCUACCCAUACGUCCCAAACUUACAUGGGACCCUAUACAGUGCUUCCUCCAAUCAGCCGGUAUAACAACAGUGAGAGGAACAGACCAGAGGAAACUUUGAGUCCUUUACGCAGGAGCUGCUCAGAGGGAUACCUGGCACAGCUAAAGAAACAAAAACAAAUACAAGCCAAAACUAAUUAUAAGGUAUACACAUUGAAGGACUACAAGAACUUGAAUCGGGAUAUGAAGCUGGGAGGUCUCGGACCAUCCAACACUGUUGCCGUGGAUGUGGCUGAGAAAAUUAGACAACAGAAGCUGUAUUCAAAUGUGAUCCGUGAGCAGAACAAGAAGAUAAAUAGGAUUCCCUCUGUGCCGACCAGGAGCCCAGUGGGCAGUGACAAGAAGAACAGCGUUCCCAGGAACAAGGCCCUGGAAUAUGCCAAAACCAUUGCAAAACCGAAAGCACCUCAGCAGCUGAAGAAGAGGGACACAGACAAGACUGAGCAGGAGAGUGUUUUUGAGCAACCUGCUCAUUUCCAGUUAGGAGUAGAUCUCACGCAGCUGUCUACAUUUGAGAUGCUGAGGAAACGGCACGAGCAGGAGAAACAGGUUGUAGCACGGUUUACUAGCAUCCGCAGGUCCUCUCCACCUUCUGUCAACCACCACUAAAAAGGUAUCCAUUUCACUAAACUGUAGAACUCAUGAGCAGAAAAGCAGCUGAAUCUGAAUUGAAACACGUGUUACAGUAUGUCUGUUUAUAAUAUCAAUGUGUUGUUAAUGUAUUGCAGUAUCAUCUAAUGUGUCUAAUUGUAGUUGUACUCAUUUUUGUCCCAACAUAAAUUAUGUGCACUUGUGUGAUUUUAUUUUAUGUUACAUGCUUAGAUUUUUAUUUUAUCUUAUCUUAUCAGCAUAAUUGUAAAUUGAUAAUAAUAAUGCCGUACGUAUUGACUGGGUGUGGCUAAAUAUUUGCAUGGUGUAAAACAUUUUCCAUAAUUCAUAUGAAUAUUUGCUUAGGAAAAAUAUAAUGCAUGCAUUAUAUUUUUAUAAUAAAAAGUUG